GUUCUUAGAUGGAACCAGCUAUCACAGAGAGCCUCAGACGUGCAGCCUGUUCUGUAGAUCUGUUUCUGCAAACUGCAUUCUGCUGCCUCCUUCUGGAUAUUUCACACACUGCAUUCCGACUCCCACUGCAGUCUGAGUCCAAAUGUAUUUUCAUUAUCCUGAUAGAAAGUUAGAAAUCUUUAAAAAUGUUUCAGGUCUUUUUCAGUACAUAGAUUAUGUCCAUCAGCAGCUCACCAGUACUUAACACAUCACUGACAAUGGAACUACAAAUGUGCUAACUCUAUGUUGGUUGUGACUGACUGACUGACUAGCUGACUGACCAACUUCUGAUAGACUUACAAAAUGCAAGUAAAUAAAUAAAUAAAUACAUAAAUAAAAUGUUAUUUACACAUUGGUUAAAAAAAUACGUCAGCUACUUUCACCUGUAAUAAAUAUCAAUGUAUAUGGCUGCUUUAAUAUUUUGUUAAUAAGCUAGCAACCUAAGGUGGGCAAAGCAAACUGACUCCACUGACAGUUUCUAGCUAUAAUUAUCUAGUUAGCAAACUGAAUCAAACCUAAAAUUAUGUUUUCAUUAUGUAACAUUAAUAGUAAUCUAAAAUAGACUGGACUGGAGAGCUAUUAAGAACAAUCCAGGAUGUGCAAAACAUUGCAUGAACUGCCUCACAUUCUUAUACUCACUCAUACACACACUUAUAGUUUUAUGGUGCAUUUCACAAUAUUUAUAUUAUCUUUUUAAAAAAAUUUUAUUCUAUGUUCUUCUUCCUCCUCUUAUUAUUAUUAUUACUUUUUUAAAAUUAUGUUAAACCAUUGUAUUGUGAAGCACUUUAUGCGUGAAAACUUUAAACAAAGAUUGACUUGCUUGCUUUGCUUAUUAACAGGCUUUGUGUUCACUGCAGCUCACUAUAGGGAGGUCUGAAGCUAUUAAUGUGGUAAUAAUCCUCCUGACCUUUUGCUUAAGAUGUUUACCGACUCUUUAUAUAGAUAGCCUAUGUACUUCAGAUAUGAAUUUAGGGAUUAUUGGUUAUUGACCUUUUUUAGCUUAUCUUUCAUUUACACUCCAGGUAUAUAACCUGGGACAAAUAUUGAGCGUGAUUCACAACUAUAGCACUUGGUACCCCAAAUAUUGAAGCUUGUUAUUUAUUUUUCAUGUUCCUGGAGAAAAAUGCUGUCCGUUGUACAUUGUGCAUUGACAAUGGAGUAAAUGCGGACGAUGAAUUUCUUUAUUUUUCUCUUUACUGCUCUCUUGGUGGCAGUGAAGAGAGGACCAGGGUGCUGAGAUAAUCAGCUAGUGGCCUGGCUGAAUAGGGCUUAGGCAUGAGGAGUGUCUCUUUAAUAAGAACAUAAAGAGCUUGUGGUGCAACGGCCUGGGAAAGGAGAUGAGAGAGACAAACCAAACAUUUUUAACAUACGCCUGUUGGUUUUGAGGAUUUGUUCAUUGGAAUUUUUACACAGUGCCUGUUUUCUGUUAGCACAGAGAAGAUAGACUAGAGAGGAUAAAGAUACUCUGUUGAGGCAGUGGACCCCAGCUUUGCUGCUGAUCACCUGAUCAGUUUUGCAUGAGCAGAUCCUUGUUCACCUUCAACACUAUUAGGGAAACACCUUGCUGACGGUUGGCUCGGACGCCCCUGCUGCUGCAGGUAUCACUGCCAGUCCCUCUUUUUCUCCACAGUUUCGUAACUAUGCAUUGCAAAAUAUAACUUUUUUUAAAGUCAAGACCAGAUUUGAACCUUGUUUGAACCUCUUGUGGUGCUUACAAAGCGAAGAUGAGUGUCAAAAGCGAAGAUGUGGAGAAGUUUCUAGAUGGAAACCCAGAGUUCGCGGAGAGAUACUUUUCAAAAAAGCUCAAACCUGGAGCCGUGGCAUCCAUAAUGGGAAUCCCAGAGUCCAAAGUGGAUUUGGACUCUUUUCAGCUGGUGUGUCAGGUGGAGGAAGGUGCAAUAUUCUUUGAUUUGAUCAAAGAUAUGCAGGAGAACAUCAACAUGGAGAAGGUGAUCUUCAAGAUCCUGAGGCGGCUCAGUGCUCUGAUCCACGCAGACCGAUGCAGCCUUUUCAUGUACAGGCAAAGGAAUGGCAUAGCUGAACUGGCCACUCGACUGUUCAACGUCAAUGCUUCAUCAAAGCUGGAAGACUGUGUGGUUCCACCCGACUCGGAGAUUGUCUUCCCUCUUGAUAUCGGCAUAGUCGGGCAUGUCGCCCAAUCCAAGAAAAACAUCAACGUCAAGGAUGUUACAGAGAAUAGCCACUUCAGUACGUUUGUUGAUGAGCUGACAGAAUACACCACCCGCAACAUCUUGGCUACUCCCAUCAUGAACGGCAAAGAUGUGGUGGCGGUCAUCAUGGCAGUCAAUAAGAAUAACGGACCCUAUUUCACAGAUGAGGACGAAGAUCUUUUUUUAAAGUAUCUAAAAGUUGGAACAUUGAACUUGAAGAUUUUCCACCUGAGCUAUCUGCACAACUGCGAGACACGUAAAGGCCAGCUGCUUUUGUGGUCCGCUAACAAAGUGUUCGAAGAGCUCACGGAUAUCGAGCGUCAGUUCCACAAAGCUUUGUACACAGUGCGGGCAUACCUCAACUGUGACCGCUACUCUGUCGGUCUGCUGGACAUGACCAAGGAAAAGGAGUUCUUUGAUAUCUGGCCUGUGUUGAUGGGAGAACAACCACCAUACUCUGGUCCCGUCACUCCAGAUGGGAGGGAAAUCAACUUCUACAAAGUCAUUGACUACAUUUUACAUGGAAAAGAGGACAUCAAAGUCAUACCAAAUCCACCUGCAGACCACUGGGCACUGGCUAGCGGCUUACCCACUUAUGUAGCAGAAAGUGGCUUUAUCUGCAAUAUCAUGAACGCACCAGCAGAGGACAUGUUCAAAUUUCAGAAAGACGCACUUGAUGAAAGCGGCUGGACCAUUAAAAAUGUGCUGUCUCUGCCAAUCGUCAACAAAAAGGAAGAAAUUGUGGGAGUGGCAACUUUCUAUAACAGGAAAGAUGGCAAGCCAUUUGAUGAACAGGAUGAACAACUAAUGGAGGCUUUGACCCAAUUUCUGGGCUGGUCGGCGCUCAACACAGACACCUACGACAAGAUGAAUAAACUGGAGAACAGGAAGGACAUUGCCCAGGACAUGGUGCUGUACCACGUCAAGUGUCGAGAUGAUGAGAUUCAGGAUAUCCUUAAAACCAGGGAGUAUUUUGGGAAAGAACCACAGGACUGUGAAGAGGAUGAACUGGGGCAGAUCCUGAAGAAAGAACUUCCAGGGAAAAAUAAAUUUGAAAUCUAUGAGUUCCGGUUUUCCGACUUUGACUGUACAGAACUGGAAUUGGUGAAGUGUGGCAUCCAAAUGUACUAUGAAGUUGGUGUUGUGAAGAAGUUUCAGGUCCCUCAGGAGGUUCUAGUGCGGUUCAUGUACUCAGUGAGCAAAGGCUACAGAAAGAUCACUUAUCACAACUGGCGCCAUGGCUUCAACGUUGGGCAAACCAUGUUUACAUUACUAACGACAGGGCAGCUGAAGCGAUACUACACAGAUUUGGAGGUCAUGGCCAUGAUCACUGCUGGAUUCCUACACGAUAUUGACCACAGAGGCACCAAUAAUCUCUACCAAGUGAAAUCCCAAAAUCCAUUAGCAAAGCUUCAUGGUUCAUCCAUCCUGGAGAGGCAUCAUUUAGAAUUUGGCAAGUUUUUACUUGGAGAUGAGACUUUAAACAUUUUUCAAAACUUGAACAGAAGACAGAUGGACCAUGUUUUGCACCUAAUCGACAUCGCCAUUAUUGCAACUGACCUUGCCUUGUAUUUCAAGAAGAGGACAAUGUUCCAGAAAAUUGUGGAUCUUUCUGAGACGUAUGAGGAUGAGAAGAAAUGGGUCGAAUUCCUGUCUCUGGAAACGACAAGGAAGGAAAUUGUAAUGGCCAUGAUGAUGACUGCUUGUGAUCUGUCAGCCAUCACCAAACCGUGGGAGAUUCAGAGCAAGGUGGCACUGUCUGUAGCAGCUGAAUUCUGGGAGCAGGGUGACUUAGAGAGGACUGUACUUCAGCAACAACCCAUUCCCAUGAUGGACAGGAACAAAGCUGCAGAAUUGCCCAAGCUUCAGUGCGGUUUUAUAGACUUUGUCUGCACUUUUGUCUACAAGGAGUUCUCACGGUUCCACAAGGCCAUCCAACCCAUGUACGAUGGCAUCCAGAACAACCGGAAAGAGUGGAAGGCUUUACAGGAGGCAUAUGAGGCGAAGCUGAAGGCUGCUGAAGAAGCAGCCAAGGCGAAAGCAGAAGCACAAGCAGCCAAAAAAGGUUUGGCAAAUCACAUAAGCAGUCUCACUAAAAAUUUGCUUCAUUUGUUCUUGACAGUGAAAAUUAGGUGGCAAACUAUGUUACGUAGUUGUCAUGUAGAAGUUAGGAGAAGCAGUAACAAGAUCUGUUUAUCUGAGAAGUUUAAGAAAAACUUCCUGGGUAAAGCUCCGUCAUGAUGUCGGUUGAGAGAGAGUGUGCAAAGUUUAAUCAGUAAUACUGUUAGCAAUUUAAAAUAUAAUAGUUUUGAUUUGUUUAACACUUUUCAAGGUCACUGCAUCAUUCCAGUUGUGUUAUUUCAUAGUGUUAAUGUCUUCAUUAUUAUUCUAAAAUAGGAAAAAAUAGUACAAAAAGAAGAUCUAUGAGCAGGGCUGUAUGAACUUUUGAUAGGGAAUAUAGAAGAAAUUACACAUGGUGCUGUUUUGUAAAAAUGUUUCAUUUGCUUCAGCAGCUGCCGCCAAUAACCCAUCAUCAUCAGCGUCCAAGACCUGCUCAAUCUGCUAGAACUGAAUGGCCGUUAGAGAAGGCGGGGUACGUUAGGGAUUCAACACAGCCACUGAAAUGGAUGGCACAUGGUGAGAGUGGUCUCACCCCAGAACAGAGGGACGCUGGGAAACACUGAGCAGGACAAUGCAUCACAUGCUUCCAGUAUGCCACUAGACCAACUGGGGCCUGACGACAAAUUUCUGUAGACACAAACCAAGGUGACCGAGUUCGCCUCCGGUUUGUGCCAUCUUUGGUUUAUAGUUUUUGGUUAAAUCCAUUCUUGUUGUGUUAUGUCACAUGAUCACUGAGUCUUGUAUGUUCUUGAGGCAAAUCCAGAAGUGGAGUGUGUCUGUUGUGAGGAUUAGGCAUCAAAUAUAAUAGCUGUGAGGUAAUACUUGUUGCUUUUUUAAAGUACAUACUGUAUGCCAAGUCUUACUAGUGUUUGUGGAAACAAGUCUGUUACACGAGCUGUGUUCCAGUCGCAUGCUUUAAAGGCUCCUCUGUCAUUGGGCAGCGUUAUACCUGAAAGGCAACCUUGGCAGGCAUCAAGUUUGGGUCGCAUCAUACAUCAUUACUGAAAGCAUCUGAGGAUGGAUCCCAAACUAGUGACAGCUACUGAUGGAUGACAAAUGUAUGUAAAACACAAUAUAAAGUAUGUUGGUAAGGUGUUGGGCCACCGCGAACCACUAGAACAGCUUUAAUUCACCUUGGCGUAGAUUGUACAAGUCUCUGGUACUGUACUGGAGUGAUGAACACCGUUCUCCUAAAUGAUAUACCCAAAAGAUUUUUGGUAUUUCGAUGAUGGUAGUAGGGAGCGCUGUAUAAAGUCGGCUUUACACUGUAUGUUUUUGAGCCUGAUUUUGCUGUCACAGACAAAAAUCCAGCAAACAUCGUAAAAAAACUAUUUGGUAGUGGGUUGAGAGUGUCAGUCUUAGAAUGCAUGAUGUGACAUGCUCACUGACAGCUGAUUCAGCGCCACUGGAACAAAAGACAGCUGACAACAAAAUUCUGGCUAUGUGAGAAAUUUUUUAUUAAGUGAUCCUUGGAGAGAUCACGCCCACCAGAAUAUGUUUUAUUGUAGGAUAAAGGGGAUGAGUCAAAAGAACUUUCAAUUGAUUUGCAGUGAUACAUCCCUUUAAGUGGACCCAAAUCACGCCCGCAAAAAGUGCCACCAUUUUUCCCUUUAGUUUGUUACCUGUCUGUAUGUUUCUGGUACCGAACACAACUAGGCUACUCUUUGCUUAACAACAUAGCUAGAUAGCAAACUUAAUAACCACAAAUUAAUACAUUUGAACACAAAAAUAAAUGCUAGUUACAAAUCAUGCAGUUCGUUUAAACUGUAUAUCCAAACUGUAUUCCUCAUCAGAGGGACAGUUUUAUGGCGCUCUGGUCUGACGAACAGAAUUAUGGGAUUACCUACACCAAGAAGGAGAUGCAGAUGCAGUUCUGUCCUUAAACUUUUACCAGCAUAAAAAACUCAGAAAGCAGCAUGUAAAAGCUGCUAAAAAUGCUGCCUGCCUAGGUAACUGCCUUCCAGUGGAACACAAUAAUGGUCUCAGGACCCGCAGAGCUCUCCAAAAUAUAGAAGAAAUGUAUAUUUAAUGACCAAAAAUGUAAUCUAAGUGGGUAGUGACUUACAAAUGUGCUCAUGAUAUGUGCUUAUUCAUCAGUAUAUAUCACUAGAAUCGUUUUAAUAGCAUCAUGCUAGUAUUGCACUUGAAUUUGUGCAAUUGUACUUUAAUGUACUUAAUAUGAAUUUCCAUCACGGCAUUACGUCAAGUGCUACCAUACGUGUGCUUUUUUCAUACGUGUGAGAUUACACUUGUGACACACGCAGUUGGAAGGAAUACCAGUGCCAGUGGCCUUCAUACCUCUACAUCUCAUAUAUAUCAAAUGUCUUCUCAGCCAACUUCUAAUGACACUAAACCUACAGAUGUCACGGCUGUGUGUAAAGAGCAUUUAAACAGGAGUACAGUGUCACUAAUUGUGUGCGAUGUUUAAGGAGGAGGAAGUGUCUUUCCUAUGAACAUCUACAAAAAUUAGUAGACGUCAAUUGUAAAUCUUUAUUCUGUAAAUAAACAAAUAGACCAUUUCAGGUUUAGCAAGAAAGCAUGGCAUUAUGGUAUGUUGGUAUAUUAUGGUAUAUGGUAUAUUAUGACAAUUAACUUAAGCUAGUUUAUUUUAUGUAAAUGAAAACGGAAAAAUCUACUGUUCAGCUGUGAUUAAUUAGGGGUCCAUGCACCGGAGGAGCUGGAACUCUUUUGUUUUAAUUAGGAGUUUUGGUUGGUUGUGCUGCUUUCAUUGGCGCUGUUACAUAUGCAGUGUUUAGGACAUUUGAAUGGAUCCCUGGUGUGUUCUCCCCCUCGGUGCAAUUCUUUAGGCAGGCGAGAACACAGCAGUCACACCAGUGUUAACGGGAUAGGCUCUGGAUCCACCGCUAUCAUGACCAGGACAAAGCGCUUACUGAAGAUGAAUGAACACGGCUCUGUGUUCUUUUUUCCGCUCAGGUGAUUUUUGUGACUUCUACACACACUUGGUAAAGCUUUGUUUAUGUUUUUUCCAGCGCCGUAUUUUGGAUUAAUGAAAGAAAGUUUUUUUUUUAUGAGUAUGUAGUAAUUAUGUGCAGUGUGAAACCAAAUCAAGCCAAACCAAUCGCAAAUGAACAAAAAAUAUCACUCAACAAACAGACUGAUAGGUGUGAAAGCGCCCUAAAAAUCCCUCUGUAAAGCUAUCUCUGUAUGUACUGAGAAAUAAAGUAUGCAUUUUUAUGAACUUCCAAAGUUUUUUAUUUUUAAUCUUUGAUUGAUUAACCUUAGGAAGUAUAAAGAACUGUGAAUGGUUUCUUAUUUUCACAUCUCUCACUAGUUAUAGCAUAAAAUUAUAUAAAACAUUUUGCUUUUUUUUAAAAUCAUUUAAUUACAGUAUAACAAGAUUUCUAAAUGUUUAGAUAUGUAAAUAGUCCUGAGAGGUUAAAAUUCAGUUGCUCUCUAAGAUUUUGUUGGUGGUAAUAUUUUUCAUACUUUAUCUCCAGCAGCUCUUUAAUUAGCAUGUCAUGUCACAGCCAUGUAUGAGUAGCGACUCACGUCUAAUAAAUCCUCUUAUCUAAUACAAACUAUCAGCAGUUUCCAGUCUGCUCAGUGCUCACGUG